AGCAGGAAACAGACGUCUGUUGAUCCAAAAUGGCGUCCUUGAUCCUUCAGUCUGGAGUGGGUUAGCAUGAAACCUACCCGAUUAAACCUCUUCUGACACGGUUCGGCUCUUUGUAGUCGGAAUAAUUCAUUCGUAUCAUCAAGAAGAGUUCAUCUAAACUAGCGGAGACGCGUUUAGAUGCUGUGAGGGACUGAACGUGCUCUGAAUUAAGACACACUCUACUCGAGGAGGAGAUGGCGGGCCGUAGAGUCGAGUGUUUGUGGAAACAUCAUGUUAUGGAGCAGCUGAAGCAGAGAGACAGAGUUCAGCGUCAGGCCUUUGAGGAGAUCAUACACCAGUAUAACCGGUUGUUAGAGAGGUCUGAUCUUCAGGUUGUUUUUUCUGAACGUCUCCAGACCGAGAAAUAUGAGCAUCAGAACCGACACGACCUCAGUCCGGGCGUCGAGGGCGGUCGCAGUGAUUCCCUGCAGCAGGAAAUGGCUCAGAUGAGAAUUAAACAUCAAGAGGAGCUAACGGAGCUGCACAAGAAACGAGGAGAGUUGGCUCAGAGCGUGAUUGAACUAAACAACCAGAUUCAGCAGAAAGACAAAGAGAUCCAGAGUAAUGAAGCCAAGAUGCAGGAGUAUCAGCAUCAGAUCUCUCAUCUGGAAGGAGAGUGUCGCGAUCUGCGCAACUCUCUGGCCGAUCUGGAACGAGCCAAUCAGACGCUUCGAGACGAGUACGAUGCCCUGCAGAUCACGUUCAGCGCUCUGGAGGAGAAACUACGGAAAACCACAGAGGACAAUCAGGAGCUGGUGACACGCUGGAUGGCCGAGAAAGCGCAGGAGGCCAACAAACUCAACGCUGAGAACGAGAAGGACACCAGACGCAGACAGGCGAAGCUUCAGAAGGAUCUGGCGGAAGCAGCGAAGGAACCUCUUCCUAUAGAGCCAGAUGAUGACAUCGAAGUUCUCUCAGAGGAUGCUGGGAAGGCAACGGGUGAAACGUCACCGAGCAGACAGACCAGUCGCACACCCAGCAGACGAGCGUCUCAGCCUCCUCCUGCUGGACUGCUGGAUUCCAUCUCUAAUAUCUUUGGCUUGUCUGAUUCUGUCCAACCUGGUCUCGUCCCAUCUGACUCCAGAAGGCGUCGCUCGGUGAAUUCGUUCGGCUCGUCUCCUGAAAGCGCGGAGGUGCCGUCAUCCUGCGCUGAUGUCCGAGUUCCCUCCACUGCGCUCCACGUCUUUGACGCCCACGAUGGAGAAGUGAACGCCGUGAGGUUCAGUCCUGGUUCCCGUCUGCUUGCCACGGGAGGAAUGGACCGCAGGGUGAAGCUCUGGGAGGUCGCUUCUGGGCGUUGUGAACCUAAAGGUGCGCUGACGGGCAGUAAUGCUGGAAUCACCAGUAUAGAGUUUGACAGUGCGGGCUCGUAUCUACUGGCUGCGUCGAAUGAUUUCGCCAGCAGAAUCUGGACGGUUGAUGACUUCAGGCUGAGGCACACGCUCACAGGGCACAGCGGGAAGGUUUUAUCUGCACGGUUUCUCCUCGAUUACACUCGGAUCGUCUCCGGCAGCUACGAUCGAACGCUCAAGCUCUGGGAUUUACGCAGCAAAGUCUGCAUGAAGACGGUGUUUGCUGGCUCUAGCUGUAAUGACAUCGUCUGCACGGAGCAGUGUGUGAUGAGCGGACACUUCGAUAAGAAGAUUCGUUUCUGGGACAUCAGGUCUGAGAGUACCGUUCAUGAGCUGGAGCUGCUGGGACGCAUUACAUCUCUGGAUCUCAAUCACGACCGGACCGAGCUGCUGAGCUGCUCUCGUGACGAUCUGGUGAAGAUCAUCGAUCUGCGCAGUAAUGCAGUGCGACAGACGUUUAAUGCUCAAGGCUUCAAGUGUGGUUCAGACUUCACCAGAGUCACGUUCAGUCCUGAUGGGAGUUAUGUGGCGGCUGGUUCUGCAGACGGCGUUCUGUACAUCUGGAACGUUCUGACGGGGAAACUAGACAAGACCCUUGAUAAGGGUCACAGUUCUGCCAUAAACUCGGUGUCCUGGUCUCCAUCGGGUGUGUACGUGGCCAGCGUUGAGAAAGGAAGCAAGGCCGUGCUCUGGUCUGACAUGUGAUUGGAUGAAACGGACUGUGACUACAGAAGGAGAGUGAGCCCACCCUCACGUCCCACCGGCCUCUUGAACUACCUUUCCCACAAUGCCAUCUGUUCGGCUGUCUGUGUAUGUGUGAUUGGACAGCACCGUACACGUGUAAUACAUAUUUAUAUCAUCUUUCAUGUACUCUGUCUCACACACACUCGAUGUGAGUUGAUGGAGAUCACUGUGACUCUCACUGUCCUACACGACUCUUACUGCUUAUUUUAACACGGCUCUAAAAUAGUGUGUGUUUGUGUGUGUUUACGGUCAGAGUUUAUGCUCUGCUUUUUGCAGAUACAGGCCAUUAAGCUGUGUGUUUGUGUCUGAGUGUGUGUGUGUGUGUGUGUGUGUUUGUGUGUUGGAUGCAGUUCCAGUUGAACUCUAUAGAUGGCACUGUUCACAAUUUGUUUUUUCCUAGAGCAGAAAUCCCGUAUCUCCCUUUUUUACAGUCUUGAAUAAAAGGCAUGUAUUGAACGGUGACCCAAUUCUCUUUAGGGUGAGACUCACAAAGAAAUGUCUAUUUUCUGAUAAAAUCAAAUGAAAAUAUUUUGUUCAAAGAAAAUGGGAGGCAUCCCUUUUUUAUGAUCAUUUGCAUUGACAUUUUGGCGUAUUUAAACACAUUUUACCCUCAUAUUCUGUAUCGCAAAAAAUGUUAUGAAUGAAAAAAUACAUUGUUAUACAGAAAUAAUCUUCCUGUCCAUAAAGUGUUUUCUUUAUUAAAAUCUGCAUAAAUUAAAACCAGUAAAGCUGCCAUUGUUAUUUAGUUAUAAAAAAUAUAUUUUAUUUUAUUUUAUGUAAUUAUAAUUUAUUUUAUAUAAUUAUUUCCAAAUGAAAGUUUUUUUGGAUUGUAGUAAUUGUGUUCAUGUAUAAAAUAUGGAAAAUAAAUGUAAAAAUUCUGAAAUAUAAUUCUGAAUUCUUUAAUUUUCUUUAGGCAGAACAUAAAUUCUAUUAAAUUGCAGAAUAUUUUGGGUGAAAAUGUGUUUAGAUAAAAAACAAAAAACAAUGUACAUGCAUAAAAUAAUAUAAAAAAUAUGAAUAAAAAUACAUUUUUACUAUAAAAAAAUAAUUAAAAAAGACUUUUUUAUGCAAAAGUUGUUUCUUUAUUUUGAUUUCUAGGUCAAAGUAAGCAUCACUUAAUUUUGUGAGAUUACCCAUAUGUUGAUUUUAAUGCUCUAAUUUUUUGUCACUUUAAAAAAAAAAAAUGUUUUGCCGUGCAUGAAAUUCAAAGAUAUUUCCCACAAUUCUUUCCUAUGUUUGACAUGUUUAUUUGAAUCUGCUGAUUAAUAGGUGUCAGUUCAGUAGAGCAAAUGAUUUAUGAAGCAUAGUAGUUUAUUUCCUGAUACCAUAGUUGAUUUGACACAAUUGAAAACGAGACCAAUCACAGCACUCUUUGCCCUAAGCCCCUCCCCUCAGAUCCCGUGUGUGUGUGUGUGUGUUGAACUGGUGUACGAUGCAUGCAAUGACGCAGUACGUGUGCGGUGAGAAGUGUGUGUAUGUGUGUGUGUUUUAGUGGAGAAAGUGAUGCUCUUGUUCUUUAUCUUUAUUUUAUUUCUAUUUCAUGCAUACUCAGCUCAUAUCCUGACAGCGUUUCCUCCGAGCAUGACGUCUGUUUCAAAUACUGUAUCAAACUCUCCUUGAGCUACUUUUCAAAGGAUAACAAGUGCACUUGUGGUUCGCCGUGACGCUUUCAUUGAAUAUAAGACUGUAAAGCUCCUUCAUACGCCACUGAACACUAUAUCUGAAGCAUCUGGCUGAUUUUAAGACACUCGCGUCCCCUCGUGCUCAACAUCUGUCGCGGUGCCUAGCAAGUGCACUUGGUUUCAGUUGGAGGGGACUGCAUACUUUAUAAAUGACUUGUGGGUGUGGCUUGUGUUUAGCUCCGCCCUCUCCAAUGCAUAUGUGGGUGGGGCUGAGAGUGGGCCGGCUUAAGCGGACUGUGGGAGAUAAUUGUUGCUAAUGUAUAUGAGGUCUCUGUAUAUGUCUGCUUAAUGUUUGCACACCAUAAAAUGUGUGGGACGAUG